AUGACCGAUCACUGAUGGCCACAGACAGACACACUCUGUGAAACUGGAAGCGCCGCCGUCUCUCUGUGGAUAACGAGACAGAUUGGGUUAUGAUGCUGCCAUUGGUGCCGCCUGCCGUUGCGGCUGUCGCAGCAAUAUUUGCCUCCGUUGUGAGACCGGGUGGGAUUUUGUUUAUUUCCUACCACCGCCGACGUUUAAUUUGCCACUAACUCCACUGUUCACCAUGUAUUCUAUGUAUGUGCAUCAUCACACCCUUCUCUUCUCGGCAGCUACCCCGAAACCUCGGCUAACAUCUUCUCCCACCAGCACAACUUUGGCCAUUAAUGCAUCAUUAAUCCGCCUAAAUUCUUUUCUGCUGCACCUCCAGCCUUAUUCUUCCUGCCGCCGGAGAUGUCUUCGCCUUCUUCCAUCUUCUCAUCCCAAUAAAGAUACUUGUAGGCAUCAUACCCGCCUGGGCAAAGAGGAGGCCAUUGAUGAUGCUGAUGACGAGGAUGAUGAUGAUGAUGAAUCUAGAAUACGCUCAUCUCUGCAAGCCCCGCCUGACCCUGCUCUUCUUCUCAUACAAGAAGAACAAAAUUCAUUGUUACAAUUUCUUAAUUCUCCCGUUUUUUUCGCUUCCUUCGUUGGCCUUUUCACCGGGAUUGCUGUCGUCCUCUUCAAUUACACGGUACAUGAAAUACGGGACUUGUGCUGGGGUGGAGUACCUGAUCGAGGUGCUUCAUGGUUAAGAGAGGAAUCCAUUGAAGCAAAAUGGGGACUUGUUAUCUUCGUCCCUGCUUCUGGAGGUCUGAUGGUUACUUUGUUGAACAUGAUUCGAACUGCUGUACAGGAGGAUUCAACUACCAGAACUGUUACAUCUGCCGUCAAAUCUGCUCUAAGACCAAUACUGAAAACCGUGGCUGCUUGUGUGACCUUAGGGACAGGGAACUCUUUAGGACCAGAAGGCCCCAGUGUUGAGAUUGGUGCCUUUGUAGCCAAAGGAGUGGGUGUUCUUUUUGAUAGAAAGUCUGAAAGAAAGUUAUCACUCAAGGCUUCAGGCUCUGCUGCUGGAAUCUCUUCUGGAUUCAAUGCUGCUGUCGCUGGUUGUUUUUUCGCUUUGGAGUCAGUACUGUGGCCGUCACCCGUAGAAUCAUCCUUAUCCUUGACAAACACUACUUCGAUGGUCAUACUGAGUGCUGUUAUAGCAUCUGUUAUAUCAGAAAUAGGUUUAGGAUCCCAGCCAGCUUUUGCUGUUCCUAUUUAUGAUUUUCGUUCUCCAAGUGAACUGCCACUCUAUCUUUUGCUGGGCAUACUAUGUGGCUUGGUUUCAGUUGGAUUAACUAAAUGUACAUCUUUGAUGCUGCUCGUCUUUGAUGGCGUUGAAAGAAAUAUUGGGAUAUCAAAAGAAGUAUUUCCAAUAGUGGGUGGUUUGACUGUUGGACUUAUGGCCUUAGUUUACCCCGAGAUUCUUUACUGGGGAUUUCAGAAUGUUGACACCUUGUUGGAGUCUCGUCCUUUGUCGAACAGUCUUUCUGUUGAUUUACUGCUUCAGGUACUGGUUGCCAAAGUACUGGCAACCUCUAUAUGCAGAGCUUCUGGAUUAGUGGGUGGUUACUAUGCUCCGUCAUUAUUCAUUGGUGCUGCUACAGGCAUGGCAUAUGGGAAAAUUCUUAGUUAUUUGGUUUCAGAAUCCAAUCCGCUAUUUCAUCUUUCGGUCUUGGAAGUUGCAUCACCACAGGCAUAUGGACUGGUUGGCAUGGCAGCCACACUAGCUGGGGUAUGCCAAGUUCCCCUUACUUCAGCAUUGCUUCUUUUUGAACUAACCCAGGAUUAUCGAAUUGUUCUACCACUUUUGGGGGCUGUGGGGCUCUCUUCACUGAUUACAUCCGACAAGACAAGGAAACAAUCCAUAGACAACACCAAGGAUUCAAAAGAUGGGAAAUUCGCAGCAACUUUACCUGAAAGAUAUUCUAAAUAUUCUACUCCUGAUGUCAUAGAGCUGAAUCGAACAAAUAUUUGUGAACUUGAGAGUUCACUUUGUCUGGAUGGGGAUUUAGAUGAUGAUGCAAGUUACUUUGCCGAUGAAAUUCUUGUUUCACAGGCCAUGAGAACAAAAUAUGUCACAGCACUGAUGAACAAUUCUCUGACAGAAGUGGUGUCUCUCAUGCUGGAAGAGAAGCAAACUUGUGCACUAAUUGUUGAUGAUAAUGAUCAGUUUCUUGGUCGACUGACUCUCGAUCAAAUUCAGCAAUUCAUCCAGUCUUCAAUUAAAAAUGGAAGGAAAUCACAGGUGCUUAGAGUAUCUGAGCUGUGCUCCUCUUAUGGUGAAGGUUGUUUGUUUUCCUGGAAAGUGACCCCAAACAUGGACCUCAGUUCUGCAUUAACUUUGAUGAAUAGGCACAACAUGAGCCAGCUAGCCGUUAUUUUGGAGGAUGGGGACCACAGAGGCUGCCCAGUUGGGCUUUUGGAUAGAGAAUCCAUUGACCUUGCUUGCAGGGCGUUUGCGGCCUGGAGGGGCCUCGACUGGCUUCACACACAGGAGGAAUUCAGGAAUUGAGAUGCUUUGUAAAGUGGGGCAAUUUGGGCUGGGCGUUUGCAGUUUGGAUGGGGGCUCAACUGGCUACAUACAUGCAGGAGAUAUCCAAGAAUUGAGAGCAAAAUAAUUUGAGGAAGUAUUUUCUUCUGUCACAUAUCUAUUGUCCUGUUUUAUAGGUUCAAAUUUUAUUAUCUCGUUACCAUAAAGUUGUAUCACUAUAAGCAUUUUUAUUUUUUUUUGGUUAAUGUGCAAAAGUCACUCUUCUUUUAUAUCUAAGCUAAAACAUAUAUUCACAAGUAGAAAAAGACAUAGCAUCUUCCGUCCAGGAGAGAAAAGGUUUUAGAACGAUUUCGUAACAAGACCGUUUUAGCAAUAUAUAUAUAUAUAUAUUUAUUUAUUUGUUCA